UAAUUGCGCUUAUAUAUUAUUGAUAAGAAUCUAAUUUUGUUUAUCUUUAUCGAUGCGAUAUACCCUCUCAGAGUAUAUUAAAGCGAGCGAAUCAAUACAUUUUUUUAUUAAUACCAAAAUGAAUUCUCUGAGUGUGGUACUUGUGUUCUGCCUUGCAGUCACUGCAUAUGGUUUUCCUAACAACCAAAUUGUUGGCGGCAAAGAUGCUCCAGUUGGUAAGUUCCCUUACCAAGUAUCUCUGAGGAAGAAUAAAAACCAUUUCUGCGGUGGAUCCAUCAUCGAUUCACGUACCAUUCUCACAGCUGCACAUUGCGUCGAAGGAUUGACUAAUUUGAAUGGCAUCACUGUUCAAGCUGGAACAAAUCAACUCAACUCAGGUGGAGUGUCUUACGUACCGGAGAAAGUUGUUGCCCAUAGCGGUUUCAACUCGCUCAGUCUCGUUAACGAUAUUGCUUUGAUCCGUGUGAAUCAAGCUAUCUCAUUCAAUAAUUUGGUCCAACCGAUCAAAUUGGCUUCAGGUACUAAUACUUAUGAAGGAUCAUCCUGCGUCCUGUCUGGUUGGGGAACUGUUAAAUUAAAUGGAAAUGUACCAAACAACUUGCAAUACAUCAAUCUACUUAUCGAGAAGCAAUCAGAAUGUAAAAAAGUUCACUGGAGAGUACAAUCUUCUCAUAUUUGCACAUUCACGAAAUAUGGAGAAGGUGCUUGCCACGGUGAUUCUGGUGGUCCUCUCGUUGUCAAUGGAGUACAAGUCGGUAUCGUUUCCUUUGGACAACCUUGUGCCGUAGGAAAACCUGACGUAUACACAAGAGUAUCUUCCUUUUCAUCAUGGAUCCAACAACAUAAAUCUUUCCUCAUGGAGGAAAAGAGUGAAGCACCAGCAGACGGUGUCUACAUUUCUUAAAUAUAAUCCAUCACUGAUAAUGAAAGUUGACAAAAAAGUCAUCUUUCAUUAAUAGUUUUUACAAUUUAUCAUUACAAUUUAUUACAAAAUUAAUGACAAGUGUCAUUCAAGUAAAUGUAAUUAUUUUUUUGAAAACAUUUUAUAAAAUGAAAUUAAUUCUGGUCAAUAAAAUUUUUAAUAUAUGUA